AUGACAGAAAUCAGUAUAGCAUUCACUUGUGAUCCUCAAGCUCUCAGAGGAAGGAAAAACAGAGAAUCAAACACGGUGUUCAAUGGCUGUCGCGCGCCUGAUUCCCGAUUUGGUAUAUUAUACCCGCCCAAACACCGUCAACCCGCGGUGAAUGGCCACGGUAUGCUCAAGGGUACGACUAUCCUACUCCGUACCCGUACCCUCCAAACCCACAUUGGCGAGGCUGGUGCUGUCAACCGAGAGUUAGAAGUUAGGUUUGGUAAUCGCGUCAAUGGCCUGAAACUUGUAGAGCGAGGUCCAGAAACAGAGGCCGUAGUGGAUGCUUUGGAAACAUGGAUCGAAAAAUGUCCAGGUGACAUCAUCCUCGAGAAGUGGGUGCAUGACAUCCUCGAAGCUGCGCAAAGUGUCAUUCUUGCUGCUGGAAAAGCUUUACCGAAAGCUUGUGAGCUCCCCAAUCAAAAAGCCAAGGCAUCGAAGAAGAAAAAGAUCAAGAUUGUCGAGUCCGACGUGUCUGUCAUGCACCUAUACACAGAUGCCGAACAUAGUAAACCUGCGAAGGGAAAAGGUGGUGCGAAAGUUGAUCCUCUGAUGGAUCUUCUCUCUGUCAACACGUACCUCAAAAGUGAUCCCAAGAAGAUGAUUGUUCGGUGUUCUGGAGCUGAAUAUGGAUGCGCCAAUUUAACGCUACGGGAUCGUGUUCGGACCGCUAUGGCCAAGGAAUCCCUAGCAGAAGAUGGCUCAAGUAAAGUUGAUUCUUUCGAUGGUGAAGAUUUCGAUGCUGCCAGUAUCAUCAAUCUCAAUUCCAGGAAACUAGUAGUCGACGUGCUGGCUGAUAAAGAUUUAGCACCUGCAGCGCCGAGAAGCACUGUCGUUCUUCCACCGGCAAGCACCAUUGUGCAAGAGAGGGUCUUGACAGAGGCAGAUUGGGACAUGGAAUAG